AUGACGCAGCCUCCAAGAUAUGAGCAAGAAGAUGGUCAUAUUCAUCUUUUUGUCAGGAAGACUGAGGAUCGUGUGGUCUAUUUGUUGGUCUACGUCGAUGACAUUAUUCUCACUGGCAGUUAUGCUGAUGAAGUUCAUACUGUUGUCAAUAAACAGAAUGCACAACUCUCUUUAAAAGAUCUUGGUUCCCUUAGUUUUUUCUUGUGGAUUGAAGUUUGUUAUGGGGCUGAUGGGUUUGUUGAUCAUGGUUUGAAGUUCACUCCUUCUCAAAUGUCCGUGACUGGGUUGAUUGAUGCAAAUUGGGGAUCUGAUGUGGAUGAUAGACUGUCCACUUCAGGUUUUAUGAUUGCUGCUGGGAAGCUUCAAGUGCAUGAAGUUUCAGCUUAUGAACAGGCAGAAGCUGUUGGUCAGACAAUUGGCAGUGCACAAGGCUGGUUCAGACGGGUUGAGCAGGCGAGGGAAUUGAAGGUUUAG